AUGACCACGAUCAUAAGCACAGGACCUGAUCCACCGGGGGUAAACUAUCCCGUCUCCGCCAAUGCCAUUACACUACCAAUAUUCUCGAUAAUAUUCGUAUUACUUCUCAUCGUUCCAUUCCGCCUUCUCUACCGUGUCAGAAACAUAGCCGCCUGUUCUCUUGUCAUAAUAAAUGUAAUUUCUCUCAUAUUCGUCGCCAUGAAUGCUCUCCUUUGGCCUACCGACUCCCUCACCUCUCGAUUCUCUGGUCAUAUAGUCUGCGAUAUCCAAGUACUGAUCCGUCAAGCCCUCUACACAGCUAUGACCUCAACAACAUGUUGCAUAUCUUUAUUUCUGGCAAGAGCGGUCAAUACGGAUAAUGCAUGUAUGCAUGAAACUCGAGCAAUGAAAAGAAGAAGAGUGGCAAAAGAUUGUGCUUUUUGUUUUACGAUUCCGAUUUUACAGGUAGCGCUACAUUAUACAAUACAGUCUAAUAGGUUCACCGUCAUGACAAUUUACGGAUGUGUUGAUGCGACAGAUUUGAGUUGGCCAAUGAUUUAUCGUCUCCGCCGGCAUCGCACAAAUUUCACCAGUACCCUUUCCUCUUCCUCUUCGGGACUUAGUCCUCGUCGCUUCUUUAAGCUUUUUUCAAUGUCUCUCAUGCUUCUCCUGAUUUAUUUUCCAGUCGUCAUAUAUUAUUUUUAUCUUAAUGUUAGUUGGCCCUUACAUGCAUAUUCUUGGUCAUAUAUCCAUGAUCCUUUAUACUGGCCUUCGAUCGUCUUCUGGAGGAUUGAAGAUGCACCAAAGGGUAUGCAGUAUGAUGCAUGGAAUUGGGCUGCUUUGGCUUUUUUAAUUGUGGUAUUUUGGGGUUGUAAUAGUGAGGGGGUUGAGAUUUAUAGAAGGGGAUUGUGUAAAUUGGGAUUGGCGAGGUGUUGGCCGAGAUUGGGAAUGAGUAUGCGAGAAAGAAAGGUGGAGAAGAUGGAGAGGGAUAGUAGGAUGGGAAUGAGUAAUGGGAGUGUGAAUGGGAGUUGGGCAGGUAAAUUUGAUUUGAUCACCAGAACAAUUCAUUAUUUUGAGGAUCAAGAGGCGAAGAGUAGAAAGCAGAGCGUGGCUACGACGACUACCUUGGGCACUGAGGUAAUGAAUACCACCAGUCGAAAGCCUUCUCAUACUCAAACAUAUGACUCUAUCAACUCCAGCAAAUCAGUUUAUAGCUCCCACCAUACGACCGCUUACAAUCCCUCGACUCAUAAACCUUCAACUGCGACAACUUACGAAAGUAUAAAUGAGAAAGAGGCUUCCCUCUCAUCUAAAUCUAAUUGCGAGAAUUCAGAUUUCAUCUCCCCGGUUUCGAUGACGCCGGGUCAAAAUGAUGCUUAUUCACAUUUUCCGGACCAUGAGGUAGGGAAGAGGGAGGAUAAAAUCCCGUCACAAACUUCAGGGGGAAUUUGGGGAACUUUCAGAACACAUCUCAAUCCUAUUUCUCUGGCUUUUUCACUUGUUCAUGACAAGAAAGAAAAUAAUCAGGAUUCGAAAGCUCGUUAUCAUUCGCACUCCAAGUCAAACUCAGCAAUAUAUCAAAGCACAAAUCUAGACCCAACCAUCGCAAACCAGAAUUCAACACAUACAACGCAGAUAUGGGCUGCUGGUGCUCUACAAGAUACGGAGAAUGUACAUAAAGGAGCAAAUGCAGGGCCAUCGGUUAGUGGGAACUCGACUAAAUCUAUGUGUGAUUAUGCGGAGGAGAAGUAUGAUCAAGAUGACCUUCUUGUGAAUCCGAAACCGGGAACUAGAGCUUAUAGAGAGAGAGAAAGACGAGAAAUGGUCUCCGAGAGGCAAGAGAGAAAGAAAUUAACGGAGAAGAAGAGAAAUGAAAUAGAUGAGCAGGGAAAUAAGAACAGAGGCAGAGUAGGCGAGGGAUUGAAUGUUGAACGGACUUUUGAUAUUGUGGAAGAACGAAAUAUCGAAAGGGCGAGUAGUUUUUGA